AAUGUAUUAGGUGUCUUAAAAAGCAGUAAACAUGGGGUUGUUUUUAGCAUCCACAUCUGCACCAACGUUUAAAUCAGGAGAAAUCCAUCUUGGAAGAGGCAGAGUUACCCAUGUUUCCACUGACCGAAGCCUCAUUAGACCUUAAUGCUUUGAAACCCUGUGACAUGUUGUAAAUUCAUAGUGGCAAAAGCCAUUUACUGAGGCAGGGCUGGAAAAAAUGGAUUUACCAAAAAGUAAAUAACAGCACUUAAUUGUAAACUUCCUUAUCGAAUGCAUUACACAUUGUAAAGUGAUGAUGUUUCUGUUGUACAGAUUUAAUUGUUCCUUUAUUGUUCUAUUUCUGAUCUCACAAAAUUGUUUUCUUUGGUUUAAUGUGUGCAGCAUAGGCCUCACAAAGACGUGUUGUGAAUGGUGGCAUUCAAAUAUUGUUCCUACUUAUCUCUCUGGCAAAAGUUCAGAUAGACACCGUACCCAGCGAUGGACGUGAGACAGCUGUUCCUAUUAAUAGCCUCUACUCUCUUACCCUACCACAAGACCCCCGUCCCUUGCUCCUGCUUCACAAUAACAAGCCUGACCCCAGACAAAUGCACAACACCCAGACAGACUGCAACAGAGGAAAUCAACAAAGCAGCGACCAUUGAAGAGCCACAACACUUGACACGCAGAGCUGUUUGGCUGCAGCGCUCAACAACAACCAGGCAACCCACAGACCAGUUGGAACAAGAAAACACCAGGGGGGAAAAAACUCCAAACAUGAAGUCACUGCGAUUCAUUGCAGCUGAGGGUUUCAUCCAGAGCGGGCCAAGUGCUCUGGAGGAACUCAACUGUGUGUCUUUUAACCUCUACCCACUUCUCUUUAAGGCCUGCUACCUGCAUGAGCAGGCUGACAUGCUGCAUGUUUUGGUCCAAGCAUGGCCUCUUCCUGAGCUUAACCUACACAGGAUCCUGGGAAAGACAUUUGACUGUCAGAUGGACCUCACCUCCCGCACCUGCCGGCUUUGUCUGGUUGCGAUCCUAACUGGCUUAAAGGAUUAUGUGCUGUCUCCUCCAAGAACCUAUGCCAAGAGACUCCAUGUGGUUGACCUUACUGCCCUGAAGGAUAUUGAGCACCAGUCUUGCCCCUGCCAGUCCACCCUGGGUCGAUGGGCAAGGACCCAACUCUUGACCCAAAUGUGCUAUGAGACCACGGUGGCCAUGCAAGCUGCCAGUGUGUCCCGAUCUGCCUUUGACACAUCUAUUGACAUCCGUCUGAACGGCUUCAUCACAGGCCGCAACUAUGAGUUGGUGGCUCAGGCCCUCCUCCUCCUCCGCUACUGUCCACUGAAGCUUCGGUUCGUUAGUUUCCGGGCUGAUUCCCUCGCUCUCAAGCAGUUGUUCUAUGUCCUUCGCCUAGCAGAACCUGAGUCCAUCUUAAAGCUGGAGUUCGUCCACAAUGUUCCCCUGGAGGCCACGCACUUGGAGGUGCUGCUGUCCAGGGUGAAAUUCCCCAAAUUACAGUCACUGGCCCUGCCGGCAGGGGCGUUGGAUGUUAGAAGGUUGGGCUCUGAUGAUGAGGACCUGCUGGCCACCAUCGGCAAUCUGCUGGCUCAACUGAGCAGCCUGACUGAGCUCUAUGUUAGUUUCUCCACUCUAACUGGACACAUACGAAGGCUACUUAGUCCUCUCAACACUCCACUGCAGUGCUUGGAGUUGGCCAACUGCUGCCUGAACCGCUUGGACAUGACGUACCUUUCCAACAGCAUCCACAGUGAGGCCCUGGUCCGCCUGGACAUGAGUGGACACGACAUCUUCAGCUCUUUCGCUUCCGCUUUCCACAAACUGCUCGGCCGUUGCUCAGCCACAUUGACCAGCCUGGUCCUCGAAGAAUGUAACAUAGAGGACGAGCAUAUGGAUGCCUUUACUAAUGCUCUGGCUUGCUGCCAGGUGCUGGAGGAGCUCAAAAUCCUGGGAAACCCUAUGACGUCUGCAGCCCUGCGGAGGUUGUUCUCCAUGCUAUCUGCAGGAUUUCCUAAUUUAAAGUACAUAGAGGUACCAGUUCCCCGCGAGUGCUACUCUGAGGAUGUAACUUAUCCUCUUGAAGAUUCAGUCCUACUGCAGUACAACAGGGAGUUGUUUCAGGAGGUCAGGGGCCAACUGAUUGGGAUCCUGGAAGGAGCUGGUAGAAAGAAUGUGGACGUGUGCACCCCGCUCAUGGGGGCCUAUGACCCAGACAUCAAUGAAACCAGCAAUGAGCUGGGAGUGUCGAUGUUAAAAUCUUUCAACAGCGUCAUUGGAAACUUUAUAGGAACCAUAAAUGACGUGGGCAAUAGGAGAUCCCAGGCUCAGAGCGAUAAUUAACAGGGUUGCCAAAUAAAUGGAUCACAAACUCAAGAUUGUUUAUAUGAAUCUAGACAUUUCUGUAAAGCAGACCCGAAUCUUCAAACCUUACAGAAAUGUUCACACUUGUGUUGAAUAUGAAUGACCCCUGCAGACAGUUUAUUGCUUUUCAAGGUUGUGUUCAAGGCUCUACUAAACACCAUAGUAUAGUUAGCUAGAAAACUGUCAUCACUGUACUAUGUAUGACUUAAGGCCAACACUGUGACAAUAGAUCUAGUAAACUAGGAUAUGGAUUAACAUUAUAUACAACACUUCCGGUCCUGAGGAGAUGAUAUCUCAACAGAGGAUCAUUAUUUUCUUCCAAGUGCUCCUUACAGUCUGUAAACCAAUUACAUGUGCAGUGCAGAUAGAUUUAGCUACUGUAGUGGUUAUGGUAGAUACUUGAAGUUUGCCUGGGACAUUUUC